AUGGUAAAACUUUUACCAGUACAAUAUCAUAUUGUUCUUGGUGAAGCAUAUUGGGGAAAAGAAUGGAAAACUGCUCGAACCAUUUGUCUAAACAAAAAUGACAAUCCAGCACCGACUACAAAUCAAUUGCGCCCAAUUUCAAUGUUACCAACUUUCAGUAAAAUCUAUGAGAAAUUAUUUCUCCUUCGAUUUCACAGUUGGUUUUCAAGAAUGAAUAUUUAUCCGUUCAACAAUCAGGUACAAGAGCUCAUCAAGCGACAAUAUUUCGAGUCAACUACUUAUUAG